UUGUGCUCGUAGAAAUAAAAACGAACGAACCAAAUCGUCAAAAAUAGCUUCGGCUUGUCUUUUAGUGUCUAAAUUUUGAAAAACAAAAAUUUAUGUUAUUUUCCGUUUAAUCAAAAACAUUUCAAUUCUUUAAUUUCCGUUAUUUUCAGCUUCAUAAGCCAGUAUAACUGUAAAAAAUGAAUAUGGAAUCAUUGAAGAUGCGCAGCUUGCCGAAGAUUCCAGUGUCAAAGCAGAAUUCGGUAGCAAGCGCCAAGAAAACAGCGGACAAAAAGUUUAGUGAGGACGAGUCCAAAACAAUAACUGAGCUUAAAAAGCUUUACUUGGAAACCAUUAAGCUGGACGUGGAUUUGCAAAAAGAGAUUUAUAAUAUGGAAAAAGCAUUUGAGGUUAAGCAUAACGCAAUUUUCGAAAAGCGCGCCAAGCUGCUCGAUGAUUAUCGCAAGCAGGCACAAGAGGAUACCAACACUGAGAGCAAUUUGUCAAACUUUUGGUUACGUGUACUCAAGGCAUCCUAUACGGAGUUUAUAAGCAAAAAGGAUGAAAAAAUACUAACGCAUCUCACCGAUAUACGAUCGACAUUGUGCAACGACCCGAUAGUUAUGUUCAUUAUUGAAUUUCAUUUCGAACCGAAUGAAUUUUUUUCGAAUACUAUUUUAACGAAAACAUACUUUUUGAACUGUCUGCCCGACGUGGAUGAUCCACUAUCGUAUGAUGGUGCUGAAAUUUAUAAAUGUGAAGGUUGUAAAAUCGAUUGGAAGCAAAACAAUAGCGAAAAGGAUAAAAAAUCAUACACUUCGUUUUUCGACUUCUUCAGUCCGCCGACACUGCCCGAAGACACGGAGGAUCCAAACUAUUGCGAUAUAAAUGCUAUUUUGCAAAAUGAUUUUGAGCUCGGCUUCUAUCUGAAGGAGCGCGUAAUUCCAAAGGCUGUGAUGUUUUUCACCGGUGAAAUUGCCGAUUGUCAAAGUUCGGACUCCGAGUCCGAGGAUACGGACGAUGAGGAUGACGACGACGACGACGAUGAUGAUGAGGAGGAAUCGUCCAAUAAUGAGGCGAAUGAGGACUAAGCUUAUUAUUUCCUAUAUUUAUUCAAUUAUUAUUAUCACUAUCUUUUUAAACAUUGUGAAAACUAUCUCUCCGCUGUAUAUGUAUGUAUGUAUAUAUACUUUCAAAAUAAUAUUUCUGAAUAAAAUUUAUGUCAACAA